CCCAGAGGUGGGAGGGGGUGGCCGGCCCCUCCUGGGGGUGGCCUGGGGUCUGGCAGCUGGCCCAAAUAGGGCAAGAUGUGAAGUUUAGGCUGAGCUUUUCAUGCUGGCCUCGGCCUCCAGAUCAGACACCUCCUUUCACCACCCGGCGCGUGGGGACCGGUCCGCAGCCCCUUGUCCGCUCUACCAACCCCCAUGGGCUGCCGCCCGCCGCCGCCUCGGCUGCCACCCAGGACACAGCAGGGAUAAGCGCAGUCCCUGUUACUGUCUUCUUGCCUAUCCUUUUGUCUGUCUGUUCCUAAUUUCUUUUUCCUUGUCUAUACCUCCCUUUACUUGUCCCAUUGACCUUCUUCCUCUAAUCUCUGUCUUUAAUCCAUCUCCCCCAAUCUCUGUCCCCUUUGCCCAUCCUUCCUUCACUCUCUUUCUCUUUCUGCCCUUAUCUCUCACCUUGCCCACCCUGUCCCCCACUCUGUUCCCUAUCUGCACCCUUGCCCCAACCUUCCUGCACACAGGACUAGGCAGGACAGCCACCAUGUCAGGAGACUACGAGGAUGAUCUCUGCCGACGGGCACUAAUCCUGGUUUCAGACCUCUGUGCACGGGUCCGAGAUGCUGACACCAAUGACAGAUGCCAGGAGUUCAAUGAUCUGCGAAUCCGAGGCUAUCCCCGGGGUCCAGAUGCAGACAUCUCCGUGAGCCUGCUGUCGGUCAUCGUGACAUUCUGUGGCAUUGUCCUUCUGGGUGUCUCCCUCUUCGUGUCCUGGAAGUUGUGCUGGGUGCCCUGGCGGGACAAGGGAGGCUCAGCAGUGGGCGGUGGCCCCCUGCGCAAAGACCUAGGCCCUGGGGUCGGGCUAGCAGGCCUGGUAGGCGGCAGCGGGCACCACCUGGGGGCUGGCCUCGGUGGCCAUCCUCUGUUGGGUGGCCCACACCACCAUGCCCACACUGCCCACCAUCCACCCUUUGCUGAGCUGCUGGAACCAGGCAGUCUGGGGGGCUCUGACACUCCUGAACCCUCCUACUUGGACAUGGACUCAUAUCCAGAGGCUGCAGCUGCAGUAGCCGCUGGGGUCAAACCGAGCCAGACAUCCCCCGAGCUGCCCUCUGAGGGUGGGGCAGGCUCAGGGCUACUCCUACUGCCCCCCAGUGGUGGGGGCUUGCCCAGUGCCCAGUCGCAUCAGCAGGUCACAAGCCUGGCACCCACCACCAGGUACCCAGCCCUGCCCCGGCCCCUCACCCAGCAGACUCUGACCUCCCAAGCGGACCCAAGCAGUGAGGAGCGGCCACCCGCCCUACCCUUACCCCUGCCAGGAGGCGAGGAAAAAGCCAAACUCAUCGGGCAGAUUAAGCCAGAGCUGUACCAGGGGACUGGACCUGGUGGUCGGCGGGGAGGAGGGGCCCCGGGCGCUGGAGAGGCGGGUGCAGGGGCCCCCUGUGGCCGCAUCAGCUUCGCCCUGCGAUACCUCUAUGGCUCUGACCAGCUGGUGGUGCGGAUCCUGCAGGCCCUGGACCUCCCCGCUAAGGACUCCAAUGGCUUCUCAGACCCCUAUGUCAAGAUCUACCUGCUUCCAGACCGCAAGAAAAAGUUUCAGACCAAGGUGCACAGGAAGACCCUGAAUCCUGUCUUCAAUGAGACAUUUCAAUUCUCGGUGCCCCUGGCAGAGUUGGCCCAGCGCAAAUUGCACUUCAGUGUCUAUGACUUUGACCGCUUCUCACGGCAUGACCUCAUCGGCCAGGUGGUGCUGGAUAACCUCCUGGAGCUGGCAGAGCAGCCCCCCGACCGCCCACUCUGGAGGGACAUCAUGGAGGGUGGCUCGGAAAAGGCAGAUCUUGGGGAACUCAAUUUCUCACUCUGCUACCUCCCCACGGCUGGGCGCCUCACCGUGACCAUCAUCAAAGCCUCUAACCUCAAAGCGAUGGACCUCACUGGCUUCUCAGACCCCUACGUGAAGGCCUCUCUGAUCAGCGAGGGGCGGCGUCUGAAGAAGCGGAAAACAUCCAUCAAGAAGAACACGCUGAACCCCACGUACAACGAGGCGCUGGUGUUCGACGUCGCCCCAGAGAGCGUGGAAAACGUGGGGCUCAGCAUCGCGGUGGUUGACUACGACUGCAUCGGGCACAAUGAAGUGAUCGGUGUUUGUCGCGUGGGCCCAGACGCCGCAGAUCCCCAUGGCCGCGAGCACUGGGCGGAAAUGCUGGCCAAUCCCCGCAAGCCCGUGGAGCACUGGCAUCAGCUGGUGGAGGAAAAGACUUUGACCAGCUUCACAAAAGGCAGCAAAGGACUAUCAGAAAAAGAGAACUCAGAGUGAGGGACAGGUCUGGCCUAGGCCGAGGAUUGGACCAGGUCCCCUCAGGACCCCAUCCUUUCCUGCCUGCACCGUGAAUUCACCUCCUCGAAGCCAUAAUGUCCGAGCUGCUGGUGCGGGGCAGCCCUGGGCCUGCCCUUCCUACCCCAGGGACAAGAGUGUGGGAGGCAGGUGGGCCCAGUGCCCUGUUUCAGGGUGGGGGGCAUUCAGCCUCCACUGUGUCUGUCUUCUCUUCCCUGGGGCUCCCCCUCAAGGUGAGGGGCCAUGCAUGUCUGGGGGACCCCUGCCCCCAAACCCUCUGUCUGUCUCUCUUUGCUGUUUGUCUAAGACUUGGUGUCCUGACCCUGGUUCUCUCCUUGAAUAUCAAUGGGCCAAUCCUCUGUGUUCCCUCAGACACACACACACCUGUGUCCACCCAUUCUGUUCACCCCACCCUGCGUCUGGCCAAUCUCCCCACUGCUGCUACUAUCAAUGCCAGAAUAAACACACUCUGUGGGUCUCACUCCA